GCCGCCUGGAGCAUGGGUCGGUUUCGGCGCAUGCGCAGCUUCUGUGUUCAUCGGCCGGUGCAGGGGGACAGUGUGACAAGCAUUGGUCUGGUGAACAGAGAUUGCCCUUAACCUGAAUGAGUCAUGGCCCAAUUUGGGGGACAGAAGAAUCCGCCCUGGGCGACUCAGUUUGCGGCCACAGCAGUGUCCCAGCCGGGUCACUCAGGACAGUCUCUUGACCUCAACAGUUUGCACUCUCUGGGUGUGCAGCAGCCAUCUAUUCUGGGAGCAUCUCCCUCUGUUUACUCUCAGCAGUCAGCCUUGGCUGCAGCCUCCCUCAGUAACCAGUCUGCUGCAAACUAUCAACUGUCUCAGCAGACUGCUGCCUUGCAGCAGCAAGCUGCAGCUGCUGCAGCAGCAGCACUACAGCAGUCUCAGAUCAAUACAGCUCUACAGCAGUAUCAGCAACAGCAGCAGCAGCAACAACAACAGCAACAACAACAGCAACAGCAGCAACCUCCCCAGCAACCCCCUCAACAGCAACUGUACAAUGUACCUCAUCAGCUCCCACAGCCUCAACAGGCACUGAUUUCUCAGCCCCCCGUUGCCCUGCCCACCAGCUUGAGCCUCUCUAACCCCCAGCAGACAGCCCAGAUUACUGUGUCCUACCCAACACCGCGUUCAAGUCACCAACAGCAGACACAGCCACAGAAGCAGCGAGUCUUCACUGGUGUCGUCAACAAGUUACAUGACACAUUUGGCUUUGUAGAUGAAGACGUCUUCUUUCAGCUAAGCGCUGUGAAAGGGAAGACCCCACAGGUGGGGGACAGGGUCCUAGUGGAAGCUGUGUACAACCCGAAUAUGCCCUUCAAGUGGAAUGCCCAGCGCAUCCAGACCUUACCUCAGCUAGCAAACCAGUCGCAUCAGCAGCAGCCUCAGCCUUUACCUCAAGCUUCUCCACAGCUCGGCAGCCUUUACAGUGAGCCAGGGAUGCAGCUGCGCUACUCAGACAUGCACUCCACUGCGGACAACAGACAAAAUAGCCAACCUCAAGCUCCUAACAUGAUGAAAGCAGCCCCCACCAUCCUGCAGUCGCUACCUCCCCCAACCACAUUCAGUGUUCCGUCCCAGGCUCCCCCUCCUUCCCUCCUGCAGGCCCAGCUGUCUGCUGCCUCUCUGGCUCCUCUCCUCCAAAACCCUCCUCAACCUCUGCUGCCACAGCCUCCGCCCAAAGAUGUGUUUCCUGGGGGUCUGCUUCAACCCCCAGUAAGGAUGAUGCCACAGCCGCAGCCUGUCCGGCGGAUUGAACCUCCACCUCGUUUCCCCAGUCGCAAUGAUCGAGGCCCUGAGCUCAUCCUCAGGAGUAAAGAAGAACGCAGCCGAGACAGAGACCGUGAACGAAGGCGAUCGAGAGAACGCUCACCUACACGCAAACGCUCCAGAGACCGCUCACCGAGACGGGACCGCUCACCGAGACGGCCUCGCAGGGUAGUGCCUCGAUACACCGUCCAGUUUUCCAAGUUCAGCUUAGAUGGCUCCAGCUGUGACAUGAUGGAGCUGAGGAGGCGCUAUCAGAGCCUCUACAUUCCCAGCGACUUCUUUGAUGCUGUCUUCACCUGGGUGGAUGCCUUCCCCCUAACACGACCCUUCCAGUUUAGUAAUGCCUGUAACUUCCACAUCUUGCACAAAGAGGUGGAUCCUCUAGUCAAGAACACAGCUGUGCUGGACCCUCCUGAUGCCAACCACACCUACAGUGCUAAGGUGAUGCUGCUGGCUAACCCCAGUAUAGAGGAGCUCUACCACAAGUCCUGUGCUCUGGCAGAGGACCCCCAGGAAAUGAGAGACUCCUUUCAACAUCCUGCUAGACUCAUUAAGUUUCUGGUGGGAAUGAGAGGAAAAGAUGAGGCCAUGGCCAUUGGUGGUCACUGGUCUCCCUCUCUGGAUGGAGCUGACCCAGAAAAGGAUCCCUCAGUCCUCAUAAAGACAGCCAUACGCUGUUGCAAGGCACUCACAGGCAUAGACCUUAGUCUGUGCACUCAGUGGUAUCGUUUUGCAGAGAUUCGCUAUCAUCGGCCAGAGGAGACACACAAGGGGCGGACAGUCCCUGCUCAUGUGGAGACAGUGGUUUUGUUUCUUCCGGAUGUUUGGCAUUGUCUUCCUACCCGCUCAGAGUGGGAGGUGCUGUCACGGCGACUCCGGGAGCAGCUGGCUGAGAAGCUGUCGGCCGAGCGAAAGGAGGCGGAUGGAGAACAGGAGGAAGAGGAGAAGGACGACGAUGAGUCGAAGGACGUUAGUACUCCCACUCACUGGGCUAAACUUGACCCGAAAUCAAUGAAGGUAAAUGACCUGCGGAAGGAGCUUGAUUGUCGCUCGCUAAGCUCUAAGGGGUUAAAGUCGCAGCUCAUCGCUCGCCUCACGAAGCAGCUGAAGGUGGAGGAGCAGGUGGAGGAGUCCAAGGAGCCAGAGAAACCAGAGAGUAAAGUUGCUGAGGAAGAGGAGCCAUGUCGCACUGAGGAAGACAGAGAGGAGGAGGAAAGGAAGAGGCAAGAGGAGCUUGAGCGCCAGCGGAGAGAAAGGCGCUACAUCCUCCCUGACGAACCCACCAUCCUCGUACACCCUAACUGGGCAGCCAAAAAUGGCAAAUUUGACUGCAGUGUCAUGUCCCUGAGCGUGCUGCUGGACUACAGGCUGGAGGACAACAAAGAGCACUCCUUUGAGGUCUCUCUAUUUGCUGAGCUGUUUAAUGAGAUGCUGCAGAGAGACUUCGGCUACCGUAUAUAUAAAGCCCUCGCUGCUCUUCCUGCCAAGGACGAGAAGAAGGAAAAGGAGAAGAAAGCCAAAAAAGAGGCAGAGAAGAAGGAGGCUGAGAAGAGGGAAAUAAAGAAGGAGAAAGAUGAGGAGAAUGAAGAACCAGCAGUGAAGAAGACCAAAGAGGAUGAGGACGAUAGGAGGAAGUAUGAUGAAAAGACUGUGAAAAAGGAGGAGUCUCGCGACGAAGAGGAAAAUGAAGACGAUGGCAGCACAGCUAAUGCUGAAGAAUACGACCCUAUGGAGGCCGAAGAUGCAGAUGAUGACGAUGAUGAUGACAAGGAUGACGAUGACUCUAAUGACAGGGACAGGAAAGACCGCAAGGACGACCGCAAGUCAUCAAAAGAGAGGUCAUCCAAAGACAAGGAGAAGAAGCAGAUGGUCACACACAACAAGGAGCUGCUGAUGGCAUUUGUCUACUUUGACCAGAGCCACUGUGGAUAUUUGCUGGAGAGAGACCUGGAGGAGAUCUUGUACACACUGGGACUGCACCUGUCUCGUGCUCAGAUAAAGAAGCUGUUAAACAAACCAGUGGUCAGAGAGUCUUGUUAUUACCGCAAACUGACAGACAGGGGAAAGGAUGAACCGGUUCCCUCGUUUAAUGAAGCCCUGAUAGAAAACCUGUUAGGUAAUCGAGGACUACUUCCUGCUCCAAAAGCUCGUGUUCAGUCAGAGGCCAGUGAGUCUGGUAAUCUGAUCGUCUAUAAUGGAGCCAUGGUCGACAUUGGCAGCAUGAUGCAGAAAUUGGAGAAGAGUGAGAAGGCAAGAGAGGAGAUAGAACAGAAACUCAUGGUGCAGGAUGCCAAAAUGGAUGAAGAUGCAAAGGUUAAGGCACAGCUGGAACAAGCAAACAAAGCCUUGUCCAAGGAGCUGGAGGAAGUUAAAAGCACCCUGAGCCAGACUGAGCAGACUCUGAAGGCUGCAGAGGAGCAGAAGACUGUCUACCACGACCACAUCAGCAAGACGUCCAACACUUUGAUGUCCACUGUCAAAGGGCUGCUGGCAGUGCUGAAAAAGGACCAGGAAGUAGAUGAGUCUGGUGACGAAGUCACUGGUGAUCACAUCCAGGCUUCUCAAACAAAUGGCGCUGAUGAAUGAGUGACACAUUUAAACUAAAUGAAGCUAAUUUUUAACACUGAUUAUCUUAAAAAAUGUGUAAAUAAGCUCACUAAACAUCAUUCUUUUGGACCUAUCCUCUCUUAAGUACAUGUAUAAAUUAAUAAGUUCCCUUUUGUUAAUUUGACCUCGGUUUCCAUGUACAAUAGUUUUGUUUCUGAGGAGUUACUUUUCUUAACUUGAAUAAUUUUAACUAUGUCAAAGCUUUGAAAGGCUUAUUUUCAUAGUUUUAAAUUCAGUUGCUAACAUUUCUUUUUGCCAUUGCUUUAGCUUUGUUUUGGCCAUUAAAAUGCCACAUUGUAGAUUUAAAUGCCAGUAUGUGUGAGUUGUACUUUUCAGAGAUUUUUGUUUUUCUAAUGAGCAAUAAUGAUGCUAUUUAUGUGAGAGAGAAUUCGUUAAAAAAAAAAAAAACUAUAUUUAAAAUAAACUAAUUUUGGAUGGAAAAGGGUGGGAGGGGGUUCUAUGUGGCUCAGACAGAAUGAAUUUCUUUAUAAAUUGUUCUGAUCCACUGUUAAACCACAACUGUGUUCAGUAAACACAUUCGAUUUACAUUUCUUCUGCUCAGCUAAUUUAACCUGCUUCUGCUGGGCUUUUUUUUUCUUUCCCCAAACACAUCAUGGCUAUGCAUGAUUCCUGCCUUUCUUGGACCUUUUUGCUGUCGGCACCUACAGGCUGUAUCCACCGAAUGCUGCGCUGCCAGUUACAGUGCUUCACCUUUUACUGUGACAAGCAUCUGUUUUGUUUUCUGAAAAAGGAAAACUACACAUGAGCCAAAAAAACAUAAGCUCAAUGAAUGUGUGAAGGAAUCUUUGCUGCAGAGACAUGAACAUUUUGAAAUCCAUCUAUGAAUUGUGUGUGUUGGUUUUGGGUUGUUCUAGAGAAGAGCCACAAUUAUAUUCAAAUGUGCUCCAGAGCAGGCAAUUUUAUUUUUCUAUUAAAAAUGUACUCUAUGGAUGUCUUGUGCAAGAGUAAAGUGGUCUGUUUUAACACUA